AUGGAAAGACUGAAAAGAAUAGGUUUUGAUAAAUUGGUUGACAUAUGCUGCUCACAGAUCUAUAGAGAUUUUUGUGGUGAAUUGAUCCGUGUGUUUGACCCUGUAAGUAGGCAAAUUUCAAUUCGAGGGAAGACGCAUUUAGUGGGGCCCGAAGAUGUAAAUGAAUUGAUGGGUCUACCAUUUAAGGGGGAAGAUAUUAAAAUAAAUGUGGAGAAUGAAGAUGAAACGUUCAAGAAAUUAAGGAGUGACUACGGGAAAGUGCCAUACAAAACAAUAGGAACAUGGUUGAUUGAAGGAAAAGAGGAAGAAAAGUUUGAAUUCCUUUUUGUUAUGUAUGCACUAGGAGUCCUCUUGUGUCCUGGCUCUAGUGUAUGGGUGAGUGAUAAAGUGUUGAAAGUCAUGGUGGUGACAAAGGAUAGUUUAGGACACUAUGAUUGGAGCAGCUUAGUUUUGAAAGAAUUCUGCAACUCAAUUGCAGAGUUCAAGAAAGGAAAGAAGAAAGGAAAAGCUGAUGGGACGAAAAAUGUGGGAGGUUGCAUGUACUUCCUAAUGAUUUAUUGCCUACAACACUUUCCUCUCGGAAAAGAAAAGGCGGCAAAAAAUGAAAAUGCCAUUACUUAUUGGGAUGAGGAAAAAGUGAAGGCAAGAGUGAAAUCAGAAAAGAAUAGCGACAGAGGCAUACUGCAUGGCGUUCCGAGUGUCGGUGGGGCUUCAACAAGUGCAUCCAACACAGGAAUAAAGCUAACUCACCCUGAAAUCAAGAGAACGUAUGAAAGGUUGAUGACCAUGGUUGAAGGGUUGGUGUCGACAAUUGGAGAAGAGUUGGUUUCCCUGCAGUUGAGGUUGACGGAUGAGAUUGACAAGGAAGAUGUGGUGGAAGCAGUAAGUAGCGAAGAUGACAAAGAGAAGGCAACUGAAGAUGAAGAAACCGGUGAAGAAGGUAAAGGAAGCCCAAAAGAUUCAAUUUUAAAAACACAAGACAAGUCUAGUGAUGCAGCAGCAGAAGAGGAUAAGGGUGUAGGCGAUGAAAUGGAGGAAAAGGAUGAAAUGGACCAGCAAGCACAAGGGCAAAUGGAUGUAAGAAGAUCAACACGGGUGAGAAGCCGUGCAAUCAAAUCUCCCUGGUUAGAGGAGGUGAAAAAAGGCCGUGGCAAGAGAAAAGCUGACGAGAAAGAGGAAUUAUUCCAGAUGUGCACGAGAAGAUGUGAUCAAGAUGAAGGUGCCAAGUACAUUGUAGAGAUGUAUGGGUACUUCUUGACACGUGCUGAGCUUUGCUGCCUACAAGACAGGAAAUGGAUGAACGACAGGUUCAUGUCUAUGGUGGCGAGAACCUUGGUGGGAGAUGAAAAAGAGAACCACAGUCGUGUCAGUAGGCACAUUUUUACACCCGAGUUAAUGCAAACAAUGGCCGCUAAUCCUCUUAGGUGGAGCAUGGAAAAACAUGAACAUGAAAUCUUACCGGAGCACAUAGGAUAUAACAUUGGAGACUGUGACUUCAUAUUUGGCCCCACCCUUUUCAAUUACCAUUGGUUCUGUUACGUGAUGGAUGUAAGAACCAUGCGUUUCUAUGCCCUUGACUCGUUGGUGGACAAUUUGACGAUGUUGAGAUUACAAAGAGAGGAAGAAGAAGCAAUGAAAACAGGGAAGAAACCACAAAGGAAGCAAGGGAAGAAGAGAGGACAGAUAGAUCCUAAGCAAUUCAUGGCGAGAGGGAUUAGAGAUUGUUUCUGCCAAGUGCUUCGUGUGCUGAAGCCAUCACUGUUUGCGGAGGAGGACAAGAUUGACGAGGAAGUCACAUGGGCAAAAGUUCAUGUGCAAUCUGACACGGACUCUUGUGGGGUGCAUGUGUUGAGCUGGUUACAAACAUGGGACGGCACUGAGUAUGGUGAUGACGGCUACACAAUGCCUAAGUACUCCCCUGAAGAAAUCCAUGACUUGAAGGUUGGAUGCUUGUGGUGGCUCGUGACUCAUCGGAACAACCUGCAUGGCGAUGAAGUGCUAUCUUUGCUGCGAGGAAACCCCCAAAGCAAGAGGAAGAAAUAA